GGAGGGUUGGCAUACAUCCACACCAAUUCAGCAAACCUUAUCACUGGACUUAGGAGACUUGUUUUCAACAUUUGGUGGUGCGCUGAGUAUUGUUGAAUCAAGUGAUAACACAAAAAGGUUCGUCAUUUAGAAAGCGGUUUGUCAGUUUUCGUUGAACCAUCGCCGAGUGAACGUUUUCCGUGGGAGAACAAACGAUCCACAGUGAUAAUUCUAGACCAGUGUCAGCUCAUACAAAUUCCAUCACAAUGAAUGCAGGAUACAACUGGAUGCCAUGGUCGGCUCACCAAGGAAUCCCACCAGCCGGCGUGUACGCGGGCAACGAUCAAGAUGGCUCACCUAUCUAUAUCGGACGCGCGUUCCACGAGGGGGAUCAACUUCCGGCGAAAGUAAUCCCAAGCAAGCAGGCAGCUUACGUGUCGCAUAAUGGACUGGAGAUUUACAAAUCACACUUUGAGGUGCUUAGUGGUCAGGGAUUCACUUGGGUGCAUAGCGGUAACGGCCACGUACCAACUGGCGCAGUAUUGUGCGGUAACACUGUUUCUGGUGAGCCUCUCUAUAUUGGGCGUACCCAUCACGAAGGAAGCCUUACUCCAGGAAAAAUCCAUCGUAGCCAUGGUUGCCUCUACAUUCCUUUCGGAGGUGCAGAACAAAGCUUCCUGAACUAUGAAGUGCUUGUAGGACAGCAAAAAGCGACCUGGUCACAUUGCGCCGCUGGAGCAUCAGCUCCACCAGGAGCCAUUCUCGCUGGACACGAUGUCGAUACAGCUCCGAUCUACGUAGGACGUGCCUAUCAUGAGGGAGAUCAGCUGCCAGCCAAGGUGAUUCCAAGCAAGCAGAUCGCUUACGUUUGCCAUAACGGUCAGGAAAUUCCCAAGCAUGCCUUCGAAGUUCUGUGCAACGGCAACACCACUUGGGUGCCAUCCGGAUUUGGAAGCGUUCCGCCGAAUGCAGUUUUCGGAGGACGGACUUCCACGGGUGAAACGCUCUACAUUGGACGUGCCCACUACAUGGGCAGUUUGACCCCGGGAAAGGUUCACCCGAGCCAUCAGACUUUAUACAUCCCAUUCGGAGGAAGCGAAGUAGCAAUUAAGAAUUACGAAGUAUUGAUCGAAAACUAAAAGUAUUAUAUUCAAAUUCAAACAUCACAGUUUUGUACAGUAUAAACCGAAACAUGUACGAAUAAAGCUUAAAAAUCGCAA